AACGCAAUACCGGUAGACCAAGGAAAAGAUACACCAGCCCCGCCUUCAGCUACCGUACCCCAGUAACUCGCAAUAGAGGUGCAGUAAGGGCAGCGGAGGACCAGAUUGGUGAAGUGCUCACAGUUUCUGCUAACUCCCUUGAUUUCGCAGCCUUGCCCACCAACCCGCAGCAACAAGAACCGUGAAAACCCUCCAACCUCUCCAUCUCUCGGUGCAACUCAAGAGGGUUUUCGUCAUGACAUUCGUAUCAGAGUAUUAUCACUUUCCGCCUUUUUGAAGUGUCCAUCUAGCCGCUGACAUCACCAGUCAUCUCCUUCAUUUAGAUUCCCAAAUCGAUCGUCUCGCACUUGACCGUCUACCCUUGACUUUCGACUCUCACCCCGCAACACCUCAUUCACUCCCGAGUCAGCAUUUACGCCUUCCUCCCCCUCCGACACCCCGUGCGAUAAAACUUCAGAGCAUAAUAAAAUCACUUUCGAGCACCGCUUCCCGCACUCUCCUUUCACCUAGACGAUUGGUUUCCCUCCUCAAGGAUGCCGCCAUCCCGACCCACACUUACUACUCAUACGAAGCGGAGCCCUACGAAACAGAACUUGAAUGGCUGCUCCUGAGUAAGGCUACAAUACAAACUUACGGAAUUGUUCUCAACUCCCUCCUUGAGCAGACUCUCCCGCUAUCUCAAGAUUUGUUUUACUGGGACGAGGUUUCCGGUAGUUAUAGCUACACAGCACUGCACUCUCUGCAAACCGCACCGGAGAGGAUCUGGGCCUUCGGGAGGGAGGUUGUGAAUGAUGCGACAAAGAGAUUCAAGGAGAGGGAUGGGAUGGGCUUUAUGGGAAUUGGGGGGUAUUCUCGGGAAAGUCUGCUAGAGGAUACCAACCAAAGCGAGCGGGAAGAUGGUAGGGGAAAAGAGUCUUUGUCAGCUACCGUAAGAAGAUUUUAUGCACUUGUCCGGAAUUCGCUAAGGGACCGGAACCUUGUCGAGUUUCAGAGGGUUGGGGCCUUAUCGCUGUUUUCGCUGGCUAGACAUGAGAUACAGGUGAAGCAGGCUGGAAUUAAAAAACUCCGGGAAAUGCAGGCUUCUGCUUUAGGUGUAUUGAUCGGGGAGGGGCUAACUUUUGAUUUCGGGGAGGAGGAGGAACAUGAGGAGUGGAAGGCUAUCGUUGAAAGAGCAGUGUUGUUGAUGGAAAAGGUGGUCAGAAAUGUUUCUUCUGUGGAAAGCACACUGGACGAGUUUGAAGACACCGUGUUUUCCCUCGACGGACUUGGGGGAAAGGCCGACGACGAUGAAGACGAUGAGCGGGGGUCAAGAUUAUCCUCAAGGCAUUAUACCGGUGGUUCCGGAGGAAGAGCCGCAACGUCAGCAUUAGAGAAACAACUCCAAGAAAUCCUCCUCAAGCACCUCCCUGCCCAAUCGAUUGCUUCUAGGGCGCUAAUAUCAACUCACGGUCGCCCCAGUGCAAUAACUAGAUACUGGCUACCAGUUACAGCCCUUUUGCUCUCAUCUUCCACAAUCCUUAGAAUCCUUGUGAACCGUCAGGCAGAGCUAAGUCAAUGGCUUCGUGAACUUGGUGCGACAACGGUUGACUUUUGGACGAACUGGGUUGUGGAGCCCGUCCGAAAGAUCAUUGGGACUAUUCGUCACGGAGAGGACUCGGAAGUUGCACUUAUGAGCCGGAGCUCUUUGAAGGCUGAUAUGGAGUCCCUAGAACGGAUGGUGGUUGAUUUUGCGGUGGACAAUCCUGCAACAUCCUUGCCUAAGGGCUCACUGCCGUCCCCAUUGACGAAUGCUCAAAUCCAGGCAGUUAGACAGGCAGUCCACGAAGGAGACCUAACCCCGGUUCUCAAGUCCUACGAACAAGAGCUGAGGGCCCCUUUCAAAGGAGCAAUCAAAGGAGAGCUACUCAGAGCUCUUCUAAUUCAAAUACAAAAGACAAAGGUGGACGUCGAGGUAGCCAUCAGUGGAAUUGAUCACCUUCUCAAGUCACAGGAGUUAGUUUUCGGCAUGGUAGGCCUUACUCCCAGUGCACUGGUCUGUGUGGGGAUAUUUCAGUGGGCAAGGCAUUCCAUGGGCAAAGGCAGAGGACGUCGUAGCGGCCAACGCAGCGGAGAGAUGGUCAGGACCCUACGAAACAUCGACAGAAUUCUCACCGGGAGCGCCGCUUUCAGGACUGGUGAACGUGAUGACGGCAGAAGCGGAGUCCUCACUUACAAAGAGCAUGGUCUACUGCUUUGUGAGGUCCAUGUUCUAAGAGAGUUCGCCAAGAAGGCUCUUCCCACAGGCGUUCGAGCCGAGUUCGUGGAGGAUGUGGAGGAACUGGUCGAUGUAAGACGGGGUGUGAAGAACCAAUUCAGGGUCUUGGAGAGAAUCAGAUGGUGAGUAUCCGGCUAUAGCCUGUGAAUGGAAUGCACUAAUCUAGGAAUAGGGCAUAUGCAAAGUGGAUUAGAUAGUAAGGAUAUCCCAGCAGAGUUCAGUGGUCAGAAAGGGGAACCGAGGAGGUUGGUGAUAUUUAUGGUCGGUGGUGAGCGUCCUAGAUUCCUUGCUCUGGGAAUACCUUCCUUCGAAUCUGCACCCGGAGCGAACCUCCAGGCUAUAGCCCACUUUAAGCCCCGUUUGGUAGCGCUUUAG